AUGGCAACAGAAUGUAUAAAAGACUGCUGUAAAUGGUGUUUCUGCAUGGAAAAAGAAAAGAAUUAUCCAGUUUCCAUGGUGAAGGAAUCUGAAGCAGCAGCCGCAAGCAAGCCAGCUAUUGUAGAGAAGCGUCCAUUGUCUUCUGUGUCAGUGAAGCGACAAGUUGGCUGUUCAGAGGAUUAUCUGCUUUCUAAACUGCCCCUGGAUGGUCAGGAGGUACCAUUUGUGGUUCCUCAAUUCAAAUUGGCCUAUGUACAACCAAAGAACCUUCCUAGUAUCUCACAAGGAGGGAUUCAAGAAUCUGCCAGAGCCUCAUUUGGUGACCGGAAAGCAGAACUGCACGGCGUGUACCAGUGGCCCCACUAUGACGUGUAUAACCCGUUCUAUUUGGAGCAGCGGGUUUCGCCAGAUCUGAUUAGGCGCUUCCAAGCAAAAUCAGAUAAUAGGAAAUUAUAUGGAUCAGUUAGCGAUUUGAGAUCCAGUGCUUUACCUGGAUCAUUUGAUGUAAGUCGUUCAAUGUUUGAUCUCCGAAGCCCACCUCAUCGCUUCAUGAAGAGAUAUGAUUCAUUAUCCAGUGUACCUAGCAGUACCUCUUCCAGGAAGGAUUCACAAGGCAGUAAUAGGAGUCUGGAUACUAUUACAUUAUCAGGUGAUGAACGAGAUUUUGGAAGACUGAAUGUGAAGUUGUGUUAUGUUUCUUCUGUAGAACAGAUCUGGAUCACAGUUUUACAUUGCAAAGACCUAAGCUGGCCUUCUAGCUGUGGGGAACAUCCUCGUAUCUAUGUCAAGGGAAUUCUCACACUACCCAAACCAGUGCAUUUCAAAUCUUCUGCCAAAGAAGGGUGUACUGACAUGGAAUUUAUGGAAACUUUUGUAUUUGCUAUUAAACUGCAAAGCCUGCAGGCUGUCCGAUUGGUAUUUAAAAUCCAGACACAGACUCCCAGGAAAAAAACAAUUGGAGAAUGCUCCUUGGCACUGCGGGAGCUCAACUCGGAGGAAUCAAGUCAUUGGCUGGAUAUAUCUCCUCCUUCCAAGGCACCUGUGUGCUGUGCAGAAAUUCAAGUAGGAACUUGUUUUCAAGCAGUAAACAGGAGGAUACAGUUACAGAUUCUUGAAGCACAAAACCUUCCAGUUUCAUCUACACCACUGUCUUCAAAUUUCUUUGUGAAAGUUGGAAUGUUUACUACAGAAGGGAUGAUCUAUAAGAAGAAGACUCGUCUUCUGAAGUCCACUAAUGGCCAAGUGAAGUGGGGAGAAACGAUGAUUUUUCCAGUUAGCCAAGCUGAACAUGGAAUUGGUUUUCUCAUCAAGCUCUACAGCAGAAGCUCAGUGAGAAGAAAACACUUCCUAGGACAGAUCUGGAUAAGUUCUGACAGCAGUAACAGUGAAGCAGUGAAGCAGUGGAGAGAUACUAUUGCUAACCCUGAAAAUGUUGUUGUUAAGUGGCACAGCAUUGGUCCAUCUUGAAGACUGCAGAUGAAACUUAGGACUGAUUUUUCAACAAAGAUAUUCCUACACUGUUUAAAAUAGAAUAAAUAAAAAUAUUGUCUACA